AACAAAAUUUCGACGGUUAACGAAUUUCAUUAAAUUUUCAACUGACACGUUUUACUGAACUUGCAACAUAUUCAUUCAAAAAUUUAUGACAAAUUUACAAUAGUUUAAACACAACAUUUUUAUACACUUAGAAAAUAAACUGCAAAUAUGUUCGUCAAUAACCCGCUGAGCUCAAAAAGUGAACAAGUAUCUGAACAAGUUUUCCAACCAAUACGAGUUCCUGUGAUAAUUGGAAAUGAUGUGUACAUCGUUACCCAACAAGAUGUUCGAAAUAUAAUCGAGACUCGCCAUAUUUCAUGUUUCAAAUGUCCGAAUGGGUUAAGAGACCUGCAAGACUUUUUCGUCCAUAGCAACCCUACACAACCUCAACAAAAUAACUCGCAGCAGAACAGCGGCAACUCGUUUCAAAAUAUAUCGCAGUACCUGGAUACUAUUAAUAAUGCAACAAAUUUGGUCCAAUGUCACUGUUCACAAAAUGGCGCUAGUGCACAGACGCAAAAGUCACCAAGCAACAUAGCUCCACUUCGAGCCCAGAUUGACUGGGAGUCCAAAGAUUGUAAUGGCAUUAAGCCGGACCAAUUUACCUACACAAAAAGGACUUCUACCACCGAUCUUAGGGAUUUCAAUGUAAAACUUGACUGCAACAAAGGUUCCUAUAACCCCCGCCACAUAAUAAAAAUUCUAAUAUCGAAAGGAACGAACGUUAGCGCUUCAGAAAUUCUUGAAGAUAUUGAACAACAGAAAAUGGAAGUGGAGUACUCGUCUCCAACAGCUCAGGAGCAACGAAAGCAAAAAAAGCAACUCGAAAGCAACCAUCAACUUUAGACAUUUUUUUUUUUGUAAAAUAUUAGAAAAUUCGUUAAUUGUCAUAUAAGCUUUCUAGUCAGCCUUUUUUGUUGUAGAUACAUAUUUGUUAAAUGUCAAAAAAUUUAAAAAAAAAUAUUCAUUAUAAUUAAAAAACAUAAAUAUG